GAGGGACAUCAUCAAAAACAGCUUCCCUCGUCCAUUAUCAGAAUUGUUUUAGAAACUCGUAAUAAUAUGUCUAGUUUAAAUUGUUGCCAUGGCUGUCUCUCGACUAAAAGGCACCUGGCGCCGGCUAAAAUACAUGAUAAGUUAUACAAGCGCUUAUUAUUGACCAAGACAAAUACAUAUGCUUCUAAGCUGCUCUUCUGUUGGGAAUGCAUAAAGAUGUUCCACAACAUUCAUAAGUUUCGUGAGAAAAUCACCGAAGCGCAGAAACUGUUAAAUAGUAAAUUGACAAAAUAUGAAUCACUUUCGCACUUAACAACAGUCAUUAAAGUUAACGAGUAUGAGAAAACCAUAAAACACGAAGAUCUAAGAGAAGAAAUUCAAAUAAAACAAGAGCCGAAUUUUUUGCAACAAACUAAUGAAAAGUUGAACAAUGGUGAACAAAUGCCUGUUGAAAUUAACAUAAUAUACGAAACAGUGAAAGAAGAAGUUAAAUAUGAAGAUGAAAACGAACUUAAUUAUGAAGAUGAUCAUUUAGAUGACAUUGAAAUGAUUCAUGAUAAUGAUAUUACAGAAGUUCAAGCUAAAGAUUCAAGUAUUGAUAAUAAACCCGCUGUCUCAGACCCAGGUGAAAAAGUUGAGGUUUCUGUCAGAAAACAAAGGAAAAAAGCAGUUUAUAAGAAGAAAUUUAAGACUAUUAUUAUGGAUUAUAGUAAAAAAAGAGAUUUUUAUGACACGGUGAAAAUUGACCUAGACGCGGUAAAGGCGUGGAUGGAGAGGAAAAAGCAAAGGCUGUGCCACAAAAAGUUCCAAUGCCAACUUUGCUACUGUGGAUUCAGUCAGCAGAAGUUGUAUGAUCACCAUGUGGCGGUGAAGCACGCCAAGACCCUCGGCCGUUACGAAUGCGACAUAUGCCUCCACAGGUUCCCAACCCGCCACGCGCUCGAGCGUCACAUCUCCGCACAUUAUGUGCAGUACGUGUGUAAACUAUGCAGCGAGGCGUAUUACACACUCGGCGAGAUGCACAUACAUCUGAACCACGGGCCGCAUGGCAGGACGAAGGAGUGCUUGGAGUGUGGACUGCGGUUCGAUUGCCGACAGCGCAAGGAAUACUUCAGUCAUUACAGGGCGAUGCACCAACAGUUCAUUUGUGAUUAUUGCGGCAAGAAGUGGUCUCAGAAGAAAAGUCUGGCAAGACAUAUCGGCUCACUCCACGCCAACUAUCACUGCAAGAUAUGUUCGAAAUCGUUCACCGGACGCUUCAACUACGCUCAGCACAACAAACGCAGUCACGUGGACGAUGCCACCGAGGCCAACUAUUGCGUCGAGUGCAACAUGCAGUUUCAGAACACAUUGAAGUAUAAAUACCAUCUGCAGAGCAGUAUAAAACACAAGGCGACUCCGAUUGUCCCGUGUCCCGAGUGCGGAAAAGUGUACACUAAAAGGGUAACCAUGACAAACCACUUCGCGCUCGUGCACCUCAAGAAGACCAAUUACCUCUGCACAAUCUGCGACACGUAUUUCCUGAACGGGUAUCGACUGAGAUACCACCAGAAGUACGUGCAUGAAAAGCGACCUAAGCCCAAGAAUAAGAUCUGCAACUACUGCGGGAAAGGUUUCAGUGCUAACCGCAUACUGGAGAACCACGAGCGAACGCAUACGGGCGAGCGGCCGUUCGCGUGCGAGCAUUGCUCGGCCGCGUUCGCGCAGAAACAUGCGCUCAUCAAGCAUGUUAGCACGGUGCAUAAGAACUAG